CUCAGCCCCAUAAUGCAGGCAGGGCAGGGUCAGAGCCCAGGCCGGUGCAAGGCUACUGAGAUGGUUGUAAAAGAAUCUGAUGUGAUUUCUAAUCCUACUUUGCCUUGCAGUGUUCCUGACCCUAAAAUUGAGGCCAAGGAGGAGAUGUCUAACAUGUUGUCUAUGUUACAGUCUAAUCACGAUGAUUCCUGCACUAAUGUGUCUUCUCCAGUGAGUGAUCCUAUCAUCUCAGCGUCCACCUGCGAGCUGCCGUCUGUAAGCUGUGAUGUGAUCCAGUGUUCUCCGAAGGUGGGGGCUGCUGCUGCUGCCACCGCGAGCAGCAGGAAUUCCAAGAAUUCAUCAGAGGUCGCGACGCUGCAGAAAGGUCAAAUCCUUAACAAAUGUCAAAUAAGUGAUCACCCUAAUUUUUUAUGUGAUUUGUUUCAGAUAGAAGGCCGAUAUUUUCUUGAUUCCUAUCUCCAAGAUGAACUUAUCGGACCAAUCAGGGGUUUACUUGACACAGGAUCACAAGCCACUAUAUUGUCAUAUAGUUAUUUGCCCAGAAGAAUCUGGAGAAAGCAGCCGUGAGUGCCAAAACCUACUAUGAUCUGAAGACUACUCAAAAGGAGUACCAAAUUUCUGAUCAGGUUUAUCUCUAUAACUUCGCCCGGGAUCAGGUGAAGGAAAGGAAGUUCCUGCCUUCCUGGAAGGGACCCUAUGUCGUCACUGACAAAUUGUCACCUGUGGUCUACAAGAUCAAAAUUCCUAAGGGGGAUGAAUUUAUAGAGAAAUGGGUGCACAUUAAUCAAUUACGUGUUUGUCAUCCUAGGUCACAACUUCGCCAAAUGGAAGGAUUGCCGGAUGAUGAAGAGUAAAGAGAUAACAAGGUUCCAGCUAAAGACGGAAACCCAGGAUUGGUAUAGUGCAAAAUGGCACAGAGGGUUGUUGCCGUUAUCUACAUCGUCCUGAUCUUGGGGAAGGAGUUCCAGGCCGAGCCGAUUGCUGUACCAGGCCCUUCAUCUGGGAUCAUGCUACAGGAUACCACGGGAUUCAUCUUGACGAAUAAGAGGAUUCUAUCCCAAAAGAUCUACGUCAGUUUGGACCCACGUGUCUUCGUCGAGAGACAGUUCAACAUUUCUGAGAUUUCGUCUCCGGAGAUAAAGAUUUGGUAUCAAAUGCACAUCGGCUAUUCCCAAGAAAGAGUUACACAGAUCCUGGAACAGACAAGGAAAACCAUGACCAGAGAACAGUUUUCAACAAGUCGACGACCAAAGCGGUUCAUUUCUGCAAUUACAGCCGCCAUAAUCUUUGCCGUAGUGGGCACUGUCAUUGCCACCGGUGUAUCAGCUGUUAAUUCCAUCUCUAUUAAGACAUUGGAACUUGAGAUCGGUUCACUGAAAAGGAACCUAAUGAGUAUUCAUGCAGAGAUGGAGAACCAGAAAAAACAUUUAUCGGACUUAUAUUCCGUUGUAGAGGAUACUGUCGUCACCACCGACUUUCACUCAAAGUUAUUGACUCAUUCAAUGAAUCUUCAUGAGAGUCACGAACAGUUUAAACAAGAACUAAUGUCUCUAAAGACUCUGAAUGAAGACCCCAUUGUGACAUUCCAAUGUAACCCAACAUCUCUAUUGGAUUACAUUGUAAUGAAGGGGGAUUUUGUUGUGCUUUUUCAUAAGUUUAAACAGUUAUAUUUACUUAUUUUAGUUAUAAUGGGUAUUCAUUGCCUUUAAGAGCAAUGUUGAUUUAUAUUCACUGUUUUGUAUGAAGUUUCAUG